CUCUCUCUCUCUGUCUGGCCGCCAUGGGUCAUCAGCAGCUUUACUGGUCCCACCCUAGGAAAUUCGGCCAGGGCUCCCGCUCAUGCCGAGUCUGUGCGAACCGACACGGCCUGAUCCGGAAAUAUGGCCUCAACGUGUGCCGCCAGUGCUUCAGACAAUACACUAAAGAUAUCGGCUUUGUCAAGCUGGACUAAAUUACAAAAGGAGCAAGAAUGCAUUCCAAUGUAGUGUGAAAUGGAAACGCAGCAUGUGUUGAACAACUUUCUACUGUCUUCACCUGGAAGAAGCAAAC